UUGACGACGUUGAUAUGAGUCGGCUUUAAAUUUGAUAAGUUCAGGAGUGAUAAGUACUGCUCAGAGUGAUUAAGUUUAAAGAAGUUGUUAAUUUCAUUAGGAAGUGUUCGUAAAGGAUCUAAAAAUGGCCAGAAAUCCUUACGCUAAUACGCAGAUGCAAAAUUUCUGGAAAGAAACUGUUGAGAAAGAGGCAUCAGCGAGGCUACAGUCGUUUGCUAAGAUGAGAUGCCAGGAGCGGAGCAAACCACGGCAGCUUGAAGUUUUCCGUAAACGAAUUGAGGAUAACAAACCAUCCGAUACCGUUUUUGAAAAACUGCCUCCUAUUCAAACCGAGGCGAACUUCUCCCGAAAAAAAGCCGACCUGAACGCCCCUUUGGGCUUGGACGCCGUCACAACCGCCGUUCUUGAGGCGCCAGAAAUGAGAGCGCCCUCGCCCAUGGUUUUGAAAUCGCUUUACGACGGGUUCACGAAAGAGGAGAAAGGCAGAUACAUCUAUCUCAAGCAGCGACACCAGACGAUCCCGGAGGUCAAGUUCGCCUUCCCGACCCUGUCGUCGUGGGAGUACGGCUGGAGGCUGGGUGACGUCAUCAAAAAGGAGGACAUCAAGAAGCCCAAGUUUGGCCGGACUAAAAUCGUGGAGGACACCUUCUACACGAGGAACGGGCUGAUGAGUGAGUACAACAGGGUGCACUAGGCUCAAGACUUUGGCUCACAUUCCUACACAGUAUUGUAACAUGUAAGUGUGUGGACUAACUGCUUCGGGAUGUGUUGGUGAAUACUUCAUGCACGUGUAUGUGUAUAUUUAACAUUCUAAUUUUGAAGGGAAUAAGAUCGUGAGUGGUAAUUUAUAACAUAAAUACUUUCAUUAGUUCUAUUGUACUACACCACCCAUAAUUUGGGUACAUAUUUUUUUACAAUGGUCGAUCAAGCCAUUUGGCCUACGUCAUAUAUGCAUGUUUCAUUUAGCUCAGAAUAUUUCUAACAUGGACUGGAUUCAAUAAAUUUGGACUGGAUUCAACAAACAAGGUCUGAAUUCAAUAAACAUGCUGACAUCUACAAGAUUCAACAAACAUGGACUGUAUUCAACAAACAUGGACUGGACAACAAACACGGACUGAAUUCAACUAACGUCUGGAUUCAACAAACAUGGACUGGACAACAAACACGGACUGAAUUCAACUAACGUCUGGAUUCAACAAACAUGGACUGGAAAUCGAGUAAAAAAACAGAAUUUUUCUAAUUCGUGACGAAAUUUCUUUCUCUCAUCAACCUUGACAUUUAAAGUUUCUGUAAAAUUAUGUUAAUGUAGGUUUGAUUUGUCGUUACUUCAAAAGAAAAUGUUCUGUUAAAAAAUAUAAUGUUUUAAUAACACAAUAACCACAACGUGUAUUGUAUAAAAGUGUGUGUGUGUGUGUGUGUGGAUGUAUAAAAGUAUGUCUGUGGAGUAGGUGUGUAAAUAGGUCUAUGUCUUGUAGGUUUGGUCUGUGUGUGUGUGCUUGUGUGUGUUUGUGGGUGUGUAAAGAUAUGUUGGGUGCGUCACUAGUUUGGUGUGUGUGAGUCUGUAACUCCUGGAGAGAGACAAAUGUGUGUGUGGGUGUGUGUGUGUGUGUGUGUAUUUUAAAAUUUUCAUUAUGAUGACACUAUGUAUUUUUUAAAAGUUACAUUAUGAUCCCACUAUGUAUUUUUAAAGUUACAUUAUGAUGCCACUAUGUAUUUUUAAAGUUACAAUAUGAUGACACUAUGUAUUUUUAAAGUUACAUUAUGACGCCACUAUGUAUUUUUAAAGUUACAUUAUGAUGACACUAAGCAAAUGUUACAAUUUUGCCUUGUGAGAUUUUGUUACCAACUAGACCAGUAUUUUACAGAACAGUGGCCCGCGGGCCAACAUCGGCCUCCUUAAUCCCGGCUGUAUGAAAUGGGCGUCAAUACCACCAUAACACGACACCUCUAAUCUCCGGUCAAUAGCUGAAAUCAAUACAUUUGACAUUUUUAUAAAGAGAAUAAUAUCUGUAAAGCACUGCUCUAAUGGUAUGGUAUUUAAUGUUAAGUAAACCUUUUGCCUACGUUUGUAUUUUUGCAAUUAUUAGCUUUAUGUACUGUUUUUUUUUCUUCUUGUAAACAUCAUGUUUUCAUGUUCACUGUAAUAUCUACAAAGUGAUAUACUCGCUUUAUUUAUGGGGAGGAGGUAUUCUUUAUAUAAAGUGUCUUUCGUUAUAAGGACAUGGGUUGGGGGUGGGAUUGGUGCUUCACCAGACAUCAAUAGACGUAUAAAAAAAUUAUUCGAACUGCGCAAACAAAGUAACGAAAUAAAACCCCUUUGGUUUCCAAACAUUGUAUCAAGACUUGUCCGGAGCUAACAAAAAGGCGUACCUUUUCAUGGCCAUUGACGUGGAACGGGAUCGAUACGACCCAAUUCUUAUAUGUUAAGACGGGGGAAUCGCCGGGACCUAUUCGAGAAUAUCGAUUCCAGUGGUAUUGAUCUAUCAUGGGAACAACGUGACUAGAUUUUUUUUUCUUCAUUGCUCCAGGCAUGGUACGUAGACUUACCUAACGGGUUGAAACUGGGAGGGGGUCUUUAAUUAUGAAUACGGAGGAAGGGGGAGUAAGUAGGAGAAG